AUAACGGUUUUCCACCAGACAGUCCAUUUAUUAAACAAUCGGUUUUUGCACGACGGCCUCAAUAAUUCUUUGAAAUUCAGCUCUGCAUCUCUCUACAGUAGUUUUCUGUGAGAGGAGGAAAACCCCGAAGUCAAAUUCAGGAUUCACUGCCAGCUCGAGGUUCUGCAUUUUUCCUCUUUCGCUUUGCUGUUUAAAUUUUCUCGGCAAGUCAAAACUCUCUCUGAUCAGGAAGUACGAGUUUUUGUUAAAUUCCUGUUAUUGAAGUAGAGUCUGAAAUUCUCUAGCUGGAGAUUUUGCUUCACUUGAAUCUUGUAAUUUCUGAUAAUGGCUUCUGGGUAUGCAAAAUAUGAUGUAUUCCUUAGUUCUAGAGGUGCAGAUACUCUACAUAAUUUUACAGGACAAUUGUAUACUGCUUUGUGUCAGCAAGAAAUUAGAACUUUUAUAUAUAGUGAAUUCGAUAGGAAAGAUGAAGUAACGCCGGUAACUUUGCAAAAAAUUGAACAAUCAAAGAUUGCAUUGAUAAUUUUCUCGGAAAACUAUAUGAAUUCAACAUGUUGCUUGGAUGAACUUGUGAAGAUACUUGAGUGCAAGACAACAAUGGGACUAGUGGUUUUGCCGGUAUUUUACUCUGUAAAUCCAUCAGACAUGUAUGGCAUAGCUAGGAGGUUUGAUGAUGUGUCUGUGGAGAACAGUCUUAAACAGGACAGAGACAGGUUGCAGAAGUGGAGAUAUGCUUUGAUGGAGGCUGCUAAUCUAUCUGGGUGGGAUUCGACGACUAGGUCACAGUCUGACCUUGUAGAUGGAAUCGUUAAAGAUAUCUUGAGAAAAUUGAGCCAUAUGUCCUCAAGCAAUACUGAGAGGCUUUUUGGAAUUGAAUCACACAUUGAGAAACUCAGAGGAAUGUUAUCCACUGGAUCUACUGGAGUUUCUAUCUUAGGUAUUUGGGGUAUGGGUGGAAUAGGUAAGACCACCAUUGCUGAAGCCAUUUUCAAUCAUAUCAGUAGUGAAUUCGAUUGUUGUUGCUUUCUUGCAAAUGUUAGGGAAGAAUCAGAGAAUCGUGGCCUAGUUCGUCUGCGCAAUGAACUUUUUUCUAGGUUACUUCAUAAACAAAAUGUUUAUAUGGGAACACCCAUUAUAGGAAAUAAUUUUGUAAUCAACCGUCUUCGACGAAAGAAGGUUCUUAUUGUUCUUGAUGAUGUGAAUAACUCAAAGCAGUUAAGCUAUUUAGUGGGCGAGCACAAUUGGUUUGGUCCAGGAAGUAGGAUAAUCAUAACUACUAGAGAUAAACAUUUACUUCAGGAUGGAGUUGACAAGACAUAUGAAGUGAAGGGAUUAGCAUAUAAAUAUGCUUUGCAGCUAUUCAGUUGGAAAGCUUUUGAACAGGACCACCCAGUUGAAGACAACAUGAAAAUAUCAAAUAGGAUAUUAAAGUAUGCAAAAGGUGUCCCAUUAGCCUUAAAAGUUUUAGGUUCCUCUCUGCACAACAGAAGCAAAAAAGACUGGGAGAGGACAUUGAGCAAAUUGGAAAGAACACCAAAUAUGGAAAUCCAAAAUGUGUUGAGAAUUAGUUAUGAUGAGCUAGAGGAUGAAGAGAAAGAUAUAUUUCUUGAUAUUGCAUGUUUCUUUAAAAGAGAGACAAGAGAUGAUGUAACAAAGAUACUAGAUGGUUGUGGUUUCUCAUCAGACAUCGGAAUCAGUGUUCUCAUUGAUAAGUCCCUUGUAUCAAUUUCAAAUGAUAGGAUAUCAAUGCAUGAUUUGGUGCAGGAAAUGGGUAGGGAAAUUGUUCGCCAAGAAUCCCCUGAAGAGCCUGGCAAUCGUAGCAGAUUAUUGCAACACAAGGAUAUUUAUCAUGUAUUGACAAAUGAAACGGGGACUGAUGCAGUUGAAGGCUUAUCACUAGAUAUGUCUAAGUUAAGGGAGGUGCAUUUAAAUCCAGAUGCUUUUGCAAAAAUGCAUCGACUUAGAUUUCUUAGAUUCUAUAGUUCUCUUUAUCGUGGAGGCUCUGAGUCGGAGGACCUUACAUUCCCUGAUUUGUAUGGUUCUCGCUAUUAUAGAGACUACAAAGAGGGAAGCAAUUUGCAAAUCUCUGAGGGCCUUAAAUCUCUCUCUAAUCAGUUGAGGUUUCUUCAGUGGCAUAUGUACCCUUUGAGGUCUUUGCCUUCAAAUUUUCAUCCGGAGAAUCUUGUGGAACUGAACAUGCCUCAUAGCAAGGUUGAGCAUCUCUGGGAUGGAGUUCAGAAUCUUGUGAAGUUAAAACGGAUUAAUCUAAGUUACUCCCAUCACUUAGUUGAAGCCCCUGACCUCUCACAAGCUAUAGAUCUGGAGAGAAUGGAUUUUAGAGGCUGUACAAGUCUGGGUGAGGUUCCCUCAUCAAUCCGGUAUCUUGAUAAGCUUGAUAUUCUGGAACUGGGAGGCUGCAAAAAUCUUAGGAGAUUACCAAGCAAUAUUUGUCUGAAAUCUCUUAGAAUUCUAACUCUCUCUAAUUGCUCCAGCCUCAGCAUUUUUCCAGAGAUCUCAUGGAAUUUAAAAGAGUUAAAUUUAGACGGGACUGCAAUAGAAGAAGUGCCUUCAUCCAUCGAGUGCUUCUCUAGGCUUGUUACACUAAAUAUGAAAAACUGUGCAAGGAUCAAGAAUCUUCCAGACUGUAUUUGUAAGUUGAAAUCCCUUCAGAAGCUUUUUCUAGGUGGAACAUCCAUUAAAGAGCUACCUACAUCAAUUGAAAGUAUGAGCGGGCUCACUUUAUUAUAUCUGCAAAAGUGUAAAAACUUGGUGAGACUUCCUAAUGGAGUCUGUAAUUUGAAGUCCCUUAUAAACCUCUCUCUCUUUGGCUGCUCGAAACUUGAAAAAUUACCAGCAGACUUGGGGAAGUUGCAUCGUUUAUUUGAGUUUGAAGCAGAUGAAACUGCUAUAAAUCAGUUGCCAUCCUCCGUAACAUUUUUGAACAACUUAACAGAACUAUCCUUUUGUGGAUGUAAAGGUGAAUAUUCUGUAAAUUUUCCAUUGCCUCCUUUAUCAGGUUUAAGCUCUCUAAGAAAUUUAUAUUUGAGGGAUCGUGAUCUCUUGGAAUUCCCAGCAGAUAUUACCUGCUUAACAUUAUUGGAAACUUUAGGUUUAAGUGGAAACAAUUUUAAGAGCAUUCCUGCAAGUAUCAAAAAUCUUGUUGAGCUGCGACGUCUGGACUUAAGCUAUUGCAAGAGGCUUCAAUCUAUACCAGAGCUUCCACCACAUCUGAUACAUUUUGGUGCCCAUGGCUGCACUUCACUUGUAACAGUAUCAAGAACAUUGGCUGUUCUUCCAAAGUGGCUUGAUUCACUUAAUCGCCAUAUGUUCCUAUUUACAAAUUGCUCCAGUUUGGAUCAAAAUGCACUCAGAAAUAUUCUGGCUGAUGCUAAACAGAAAAUUCAGCUUAUGGCGACUACUUGUCAGAAACUUUACUGGGGUUUUUAUCCAACGCCUUCAGUUACAUUUGGUUUCCCUGGAAGUGAUAUUCCAGAAUGGUUUAGCUAUCAAAGUAUUGGAACUUCAGUUACCAUUAGGCUGCCUCAACAGUGGCAUCAUCCUAAGUUCUUGGGUUUUGCCUUCUGUAUUGUUGUUGCAUUCAAGGAACCUUAUGAUGGCUCAUUUUUCAGUAUCAGAUGUGAGUCCGAUUACCAAGAUCUUUAUUGCCAUUUGGAUGGUUGGUAUUGUGGACAGAAGGGUAAACUCGGUCUCAGUUUUAAUGGAUCAGAUCAUCUCUUCAUGCUGUAUGACCACAGUCUAUAUCUUAUGGCAGUUAAAGGUGAUGAAGGAGAAAAUGAUACAUCAUUUAGGUUCCAUGCUGUAGACAAGGACAAAAAACCCUUACAUUGUUGCACUGUUAAAAAAUGCGGUGUCCGUCUUCUGUUUCCCUAUGAAGAUAAAUCCUGCAGUUCUGCCUUGAUCCAAGGCUGUACUUCUUUUGAGAAUUUUGAUGUAAUCAACGAAGAUAAUGGGAAACCAAUGGAAGAAGAAGGCACAUUUACUAAGAGAUACCGGGAGGACGAAAGCUGCAAUAGGGCUGAAUCUGGUGGAUGUGAAAUUGGUAGCUCUAGCGAAGGGAGAGACCCUAAAAGGAUGAAGGAAUCAUGUGAAUCUAAUGCAGGAGACCCUACGCGAGCAGAAUUGAGAGCAGGCAAAGAAAUGGAAAGAAUUGAGCUUUGACUUGGAAAAAAUGUUCAUAUUCAGACUUGCAUUUAUGUGAUUGUGUACUGAUUAGGGGACAUGCAUAAUUUGACAGAACCAAUGAAUGUUCAUGUGAGACUGAUUAUCGUUGAGGAAAUGUUUUCUGUUGAAAAGGGCUUUAUGGGGCAGUAAACUGAUGUUAUUUAUAGACUUUGGAUGGAUUUAAUAGAUAGAUAUUGUGUAAGUUCUAUACUUGCUUUUUAAG